UCUGUCAUCGUUAUAUUUAUCAUAUUUGAUACUAUUUUUGUAUAAAUUACUAAUGACAGUGUAAACAUAUUUUCUUAGCAUCCAAUCACGUUGUAUGAAUAUUCUAAAUACUUUAGAAAGUCAUGGAUAAACACAACAGUUCAGAACUGUUAAAUUCAGAUUUUUCUCUUUCUAAAAAUGCUAGUUCUGAUUCAUUGGAUUCGGAUUCCAAAUCAAGUUCAUUGAAUUCUAAACACGGACAAGAUUCCACUCAUGUCUUAGGAGACAUACAGUUGUUGGAUGGAGAAAAAGUGAUGGGUGUGGCAAGAGAUGUGACGUACCUGUGUCCAUACAGUGGUCCAUCCCGGGGUGUCCUCAAAGUUACAAAUUACCAGCUGCACUUCAGGCCUACAGAGCCAACAUCGCUGCAGACCACACUUAGUGUACCCCUUGGAGUUGUUUCUCGUAUUGAAAAAGUAGGUGGAGCGUCAUCUAAAGGUGAAAAUUCAUAUGGUAUCGAAGUAUUUUGUAAAGAUAUGCGUAAUUUACGUUUUGCGCACAAACAAGAGAACCACUCUCGUCGUGGAAUAUUUGAGAAGUUGCAGCAACUUGCAUUUCCUCUAUCGCACAGACAACCGAUAUUUGCUUAUAGUUAUUCAGAGAGUUUUCCAGAGGAUGGAUGGAAUGUGUACGAACCAAUUGCUGAAUUGAGAAGAAUGGGCGUCAACAAUGAUAUGUGGCGCAUAACUCGUAUAAAUGACAAGUAUGAGAUAUGCGAUAGUUAUCCAGCAGUAUGGGCAGUACCAACCGCUGCUAAUGAUGACUUGCUUCGGUCGGUAGCGGCGUUCCGCUCCAGGGGACGUAUUCCAGUGUUGGCUUGGAUACAUCCGAGCUCACAAGCCACUAUCACCAGAUGUAGUCAGCCUCUAGUUGGGGUGAGCGGUAAACGUAGUAGAGAAGAUGAAAGGUACAUCCAAUUGAUUAUGGACGCCAAUGCGCAGGCGCAUAAAUUAUUUAUUAUGGAUGCAAGGCCAAGUGCGAAUGCAAUCGCUAACAAGGCUAAAGGCGGCGGAUACGAAUCAGAGGACGCGUAUCAGAAUGCUGAACUUGUAUUUCUCGACAUACACAACAUUCACGUGAUGAGGGAGAGCUUGAGGAAGCUGAAAGAACUUUGCUUUCCACAAAUUGAUCAAACGAGGUGGUUCAGUGGUAUCGAAGCAAGUUGCUGGCUGAAACAUAUCAAAUGCAUACUGGCGGGAGCGGUCCGCAUUGUUGAUAAGGUGGAGAAUCACAAAACGUCAGUCUUAGUGCACUGUUCAGAUGGCUGGGACCGGACUGCGCAGCUGACAGCGCUGGCCAUGCUCAUGCUAGAUCCUUACUACCGAACGCUGAGAGGCUUCCAAGUGCUCAUUGAAAAGGAAUGGCUAUCCUUUGGCCAUAAAUUUCAACUUCGCAUCGGGCACGGCGACGAGCGGCACUCGGACGCGGACCGCUCGCCCGUGUUCGUGCAGUGGGUGGACUGCGUGUGGCAGCUGCAGCAGCAGUUCCCGACCGCCUUCGAGUUCACCGAGCGCCUGCUCAUCACCAUCGUCGAUCAUCUCUACUCGUGCCGCUUCGGGACUUUCCUCUUCAAUACCGAGCGAGAGAGGUAUAGGGAAGAAGUGAAAACAAAGACUGUAUCACUAUGGUCUUACAUCAACAGUCGUCAGAAUCUAUACCUCAAUCCAUUGUACUGGGGUCCCUCAUCGUUCAGUCCAAAUACACCUCCGUCACAGUACUCGAGGCCACAGAUGGUGUUAGUUCCGGUUGCGUCACUGAGAAUUAUCAAACUUUGGAAAGCACUGUACUGUAGAUGGAAUCCAACCAUGCGGCAACAGGACCCCAUCUACCAGCGCACGCGCGAGCUGGUGGCGCUGCGCGCGCAGCUGGAGGCGGCGGCGGGCGCGGCGGCGGGCGACCACGCGGCGCGCCAGCUGCGGCGCGGCCUCACGCCGCCGCGCGUCGCCAGCCCGCACCACGCCUAGCGCCCCACUCCCGACUGACUACAUGAUUUAAUCUUUUCGCAUUUUCUGAAAUCCAGAAAGCUGCCUCUAGAAUACAUUCUUAUAAUAAAACAUAUUAAAUUAGUAUUAAAUUUAUUUGAUAAGACCUUUUAAAUAGCCGAGCUAGUAUUAAAUAACAACAAAUUAUUAAUAUUAUU